AUGAAGAACAACACGUUGACAUGUUAUGGUGAACAACUUACAUUUGAAGCACUGAAAGUACGAAACACAUCUGUUGAUGAUUUAUUUCAGUGGCAAGCAACUAUCGAUACAAUUGAUGCAUACGCAAAAUACCUUGAAGAAAGUAAUGGAUUGGCUGAUAAAGAAAUAUAUUGUAAUUGUACAGACAAUGAGUGGUUUGGUUCAAGAUGUCAGUAUUCGAUCGAGAACGCAGUUUCCCCAGACUUUGAUCAGAUUUUACACCAUCGCUUUCUUCUUAAAUUAGUAUUUCUCAGCCAGUGGGGUUUAACAGCUGGCAAUAUUACGUGUUAUAGAGAUUGGAUGUGCAACCCUCUAGCAUUAUGCUUUGAUUGGAGGCAAAUAUGCGAUGGAAUAGUUGAUUGUGAAAAUGGCGAAGAUGAAGAACAUUGUAUGGAAUUGGAAACAAAUACAUGUCAUAUGGAAAAGCAGUAUAGAUGUCGCAAUGGUAUGUGCAUUGAGAGAAAAUUUGCUUUUGAUCAAAUAUGGGACUGUAUGGAUGGAAGUGAUGAAUUUAACAGUACGAUAUUCGACUGUUUAACUACGCCAUCCAUACAAUGUGAAGAAUUCAAUUGGGUAGGACGAAACUUUCCCAAUACAGAUCUGCAACUUCUGGUGAAUUCAGUAGAUGAAAGUACGCGUAAUUAUUUAUAUCAUGAAGACCUUCUUGUUUUUCGUGAAAACAGUAGCUGUGUGUUCGGGAAAUACAUAGUGUGUGGUUUCAGAAUACGUUCUCUUCAUAAACACGUAGUCUCUGAUGGAUGUGAUAGUUUAUGUGUACAUUCAGACCCAGAUUGUACAUCAAAGAUUGUAGAAAAUUGUUCUACUCCCUUUUUCUUCCCGACAAACAGUGUUGCAUUUCCAGGAGUACGGUUUCUAUAUUUUACAAACACCACACAAUGGGACCAUAGUUUACCAGAAUAUAUCUGCUACAAUGAUACUUUGUGUACCUCAUUUCCAACUACUGAAACCAUACAUGGUCAUAGAUGUCGUGCUUCGGUUGAUAUAGGGCUACCUUCGGAAGAAUCUAAUUAUAUUGCGUUCUAUGAUAGAAUCGCUAAGCUUUUUUCAUCUUGUUAUAUUAGCAAUGUAUCUUGUUCUUCUCAUCCGCUGUUAUUUAAAUGUAAUCUUACUAACAUUUGUAUAUCAAAAUAUCGUUUAAAUGACUUUCAUAGUGAUUGUAUUAGUGGUGAUGAUGAAAGCGAGGAGAAUGUUCAAGAUCUUCAUCUGACGGAUCGCAUGCCAUGCUUAAACAAGGACCCAGAUAAAGACCUUACUGUUCCACGUUGGUUAUAUAGUAAUGCUCGUUGCAUUUCUAAUAUCCGUUGUGAGAAAGCGACUGAUGGUGGUUGUGGUGUGUUAAGAUCUGUGGAUCCUAUUUCACCCUUUCAUUCGUUAUUUCGAGAAAUCUGUAACGGUGUUGAAAGUAAAGCUUUAACAGUCGAUAAUGAAACAGACGAAACAAAUUGCUAUGAAUUUUAUCAUUUAUGUAGUGCAAAAUACAGAUCGGGCAAUACACAUUGGGAUUGUGUAAAUGGUUUUGAUGAAAUCUGUAAUGGAAACCCGAAUAUUUGCGAUAAAAAAGGUCAUUUUUGUUUAAGACUGGACCCAUUUUCAAACACUUAUUUAGACAUGAAAUAUGCCGGCGACGGUUUUAUUGACUGCGUUGGCGGAAGCGAUGAACGUCUACAACAUUGUCCUCAAGCCUAUCCAACAGAAAUACGACGUCGAUUCCAGUGUUUGAAUAGUACUAUUUGUUUGUCAGUUGAUACACAAAUUUGUGACGGUGUUUUCAAUUGUCCUUUGGAAGAUGAUGAACAUAUUUGCCCUCCGAAAAAUACGUCAGCCUGUGAACCAGGUCAAUUUAUAUGUCGGCUUGGGAAAUGCUUGGAUAUGCAAUAUCGCUGUGAUGGCACGAAUGAUUGCGAUGAUGCAGAAGAUGAAUUGUUUUGUGAUUUGAUUGACUUUAGGCAGCUGCCUAGUUCUGUCGACCUCAAGAAUGAUUUUAAUCAGUAUCCGUUUCGCGAUGAAAUGGUAUUUUUAACUGUGAGUGAUCAAAGUCAUGAACAGUUAGAAAAUAAUAUGAUUUUCCCAUCAAAUUUAAACAAUAUGUAUGCCAAUCCAAGUUAUAUCGCCAAUACGUAUUAUUGUAAUCGUGGCUUUGUGUUUAAGUCGAGAGACGAUACAGGUGAUGUAUGUUUAUGCCCUCCAAGUUAUUAUGGCGAUCGUUGUGAAUAUCAAAGCGAACGAUUGACGGUUUAUCUGCAGGCUGAAAUAGCUAAAAGAUUAGGUCAUGUUGUUUUCAAAUUGUUAAUUUGUCUGAUCAUCGAAGAUGAUUCUGCUGCUACUUGUGAAUAUGUCAUUCAUUAUACUCAAAGUGAGGUAUUCAAACAUAUUGUCUAUUUGUUACAUUCAAGACCAAAGACAUCUGUUGAUAAUUUCUCCAUUCGUAUUAGUGCAUUCUCAGUAACAUCGCGUAAUGUCACGUUUUAUUCAUCUUGGUAUUUUCCUAUUGCAUUUCAGUUUCUACCAGUUAAUCGUUUGACUGCUUACCUCAUGAUAAAUGAUAGAAGUGAGAUAGUGUUAUGCGGAAGUUGUCUACACGGAGUGUGUGUUGCUUACAUAAAUUUUAUUGAUAAAUCUUUCUGCCUUUGCGAUCAGAAUUGGCAAGGAUCUAAAUGUGAUAUUCCAUCGUCAGUCACAUGCGCUGAUGGGUCACGGCCAGUUGAAGAACAAUGUUUGUGUACACUUGGACGAAUUGGACUCGGUUGUUAUAUUCAAAAUGAUACAUGUAAUGCAAAUAGUUGUAAAAACGGUGGUACAUGCUUUAUGGUUGGAGAAACUUUUGAUCGUACUUGUUUUUGUCCUGAAACAUAUUUUGGCGAUUUGUGUCAACACAUUAAGGCUCAAGUGUUAAUUGAUUUACUCAACCAACCGUCUGAUCUAUCGAUUCUUCGAAUCCCCAUUGUUCUUGUCCAUCUUGUCGAUAUUGACAAUGCUACAGGCCUAUUAUCAUUAAAACUUUGUUCAAUUUAUAAAAAUGUUCCACUUCACACAACCAUAUCCGCUUUAUAUAAUCAAGAACUGUUACCAGCAUUCAUUUAUGUUCAGUUAUUUUAUAACACAAAUACAUUCUAUGGUUUAUACCAUCUAGUUGGUUUUAUUCGUCAAGUAAAAAGAUUACAAACAAGUGUGUUACCAUCAAACCGUUGCCCACAUGUUAGUGAACUACUGAAUAAAACUAUUAACGACUUUCCGUAUUUGAAACGCGUCAAAUUUUAUCAGAGAGCAUGCUACACUUUGGGUAUAAAAUGUUUUUUUGAUGAUCAAUACAUGUGUCUUUGUGAUAAUUUUGUUCAUUACGAUUGCUUAUGGUUUGAUCAUAAUGCAAGUAACUGUACCGACAGAGGCUAUUGCUUAAAUAAAGGCCAUUGUCUUCAACCAUCACAAGGUAUUGGAGAGUUUGAUUUUGCCUGUCUUUGUGCGGCGUGCUAUUACGGUGAAUUGUGUCAAUUUACAACAGCUCAAUAUUCACUUUCGUUAGACGCACUGAUUGGUCCAGAAAUUCUGCCAGACAAGAUGUUAAACCAUCAACCUAUUCUCAUCAAAAUAACAUUAACAGUUGUGAUUAUAUCAGUGACAUUAGGUUCGAUUGGGAAUUCAUUGUCAAUAAUAACCUUCUACCAGAAACAAAUGCAUGUAGUAGGUUAUAGAUUGUACUUUAUUUUUUUAUGUAUUACAAGCCAAUUGGGAUUACUCGUUAUUGGUGCCCGAUUCAUUUAUCUUGUUAUAACUCAGCUUAGUAGGUGGGAAAAUCAAUGGUUGGCAUAUAUUGCAUGCAUUACACUGGAAUUUUUACUUUCCGUCUUACCAUCUGCAUUUGAUUGGUUAACAGCCUGCAUUGCAAUUGAAAGAGCUUUUAUUGCCGUCAAAGGUGUUCAGUUUGAUCGAAAGUUGAGUAGACAGUUAUCAAAAUACGUGCUAAUUCUUGUUGUUACCCUGACUGUUGCUACGUCGUUGCAUGAGCCAUUUAGUCGUGAAUUAAUUGACGAUCCACGUUCAAAUGGUCAUUCAUGGUGUGUAAUGAAAUUUAAGUUUCAUUGGCUAGAAAAGUAUGAAACUGUUACAAAUGUUAUCCACCUAGUAACGCCAUUUUUAAUUAAUUUAGUCUCUACUGUCGUAUUUUUAAUUAGUUUAGCGAGAAGAAAAUCAGCAUCAACAACGAAUGCUGACAGCUAUUAUACGACGUUGAAAAAACAAAUUGUUUUGUAUAAGCCAUUUGUGAUUAGUCCCUUCAUAUUGAUUAUUUUAGCACUACCUCGCCUUGUAUUAUCAUUUGCGUUUGCUUGUAUUAAGUUUUCAUGGCAAAAAUAUGCAUACUUAGCAAGUUAUUUCGUUUCAUUUAUACCACUGAUGGGAGUAUUACUCAUUUUCAUACUACCAACUCCGACGUAUAGAAAGGAAUUAAAAAAACUGUUAAGCCGCAGUUUCACUCGGUCAACACAAUGUUUUCACAGAUCGUGAGUUGUACUAACCGAUCUACAGAGAUAUUUAGCUAAGAAGAUGAGUUUUAAGAUCAUUAUGACUGAUAUUGUUUGUCAGACAACUUGUUCUUUCGAUGAUUAACAUACUUUUUGACAUAUGCGUCUCUCGCAGAGUGUGCAGUCUUGGAAAAUUAUUCUUCCUUGCUUACAUUCGAAUAUUCUGGUAUGAUCAGUCAAUGUUGAUAUCUUUUGCAAGUGAUUUUCGUAGAUAUGUGAUCACUGUAUAGAUAGAUCUUUUAAAAAUUAAUUUGUAGUAUACAAAUAAAUCAGGCGUUUACUUUGUGUUUAGAAUGCUGCAAACAUUUGUAGUUGUAAAAUGUUCCAUAGAAUGAAGUUGUUUUCUGUUGUUGUUUAUACGAAAAAUCUAAUGUUGUGUAAUACUAUUUUAUGUAAUAUUUUUUAUGUGUGUUUCCUUUUUCUAGCUGAAUGUUUGAACUUUAUUUAUAUAUUUGAAUAGUGUAAAAGAAUGAUCUUAGAAAACAGUAUGACGCAAAUUUUAAGGCGACGACCAGAUCAAAAGAAAACAAGAAAAUUUAACACGCAGCUUUCAAAUAAAAUGAACUAAUAAUUACUUAUUAUUUUAUUUCUACUCGCUUCAGCAGUUACUUACAGUAUUGAACCAGAGUUACGUAUGAUUUCGCAUAUUCUAGUGUAUGCUAUUACUAAUAAUGGUUGGAGACUAGACGUAAAAAUUCUCAUCAGUCAAUUCGUUGCAUCGAAAAGAACUCGAUCAGUUAUGACGUCUUUGAAUUAUUCUCCUGCAAAUCGAUUUUACGCACUGAAAAAAUUAAUCAAAAUUCUGCCAGAUCUCGUA